AUGUGUGUUAUUCGCGCUGAUGCAUUAUGGAAUUCGACAUUAUACGAAACUGCUUUCUUUGAUCCAUAUAUUGUAUUUACUAACUCUAAUAUUAUUCAUAUGUUACCAACUCCUAUCGUUAUAAAAAAUUAUCGAACAGAUCGUGAUACUACUCCUAAUCAAAAUAAUGAUGAAUCAAAAUGGGUUUAUCAUCGUCGUUUUUUUCUACUUGAUCGAAUUUCUGGUGUUACAACUACUAAUGAGUUAAGAAGCAUUCAUUAUGCAAAAUCAAUAAGAAUUUUAAAUACAUUAACAAAUGAUGGUACAUAUAUUCAACCACCAGUAAUUAUUAUAGAAUACAAUGAAAUAACUUUAUCUGAUAUAAGCAAAGGAACUCUUGUAGAGAUUACAUUUGAAACUGAAUAUCGAAUGAAUCUUGACCCACAUAUUCGUGAUAUUUGGAUAGCAAUUGGUGUUUUAUCUGGUUUGGGUAUAAUACUUGCAUUUAUUCGAACAAGUAUUUGGCAUUCAAGAGGUGGAAAACACAUAAUUGACUUAGCAAUUAUUGGUAAAUUCUUACUUUUUAUAAUUAAUAUAAUUGGAACAAUUUUUUUCAUUGUUAUGGCCGGUGUAUCACUUUGGUGGUUAAUAUUUUUUAAAAGACAAGGUUCAGCUUUUCUUGUUAUACCAACAAGUAUUCAACAAUCUUCAUUUACAGUACUUGUUGUUAUUGCAUUUAUACUUAAAACAAUAGAUAUUCUUCAUUUAAUUAUUCGUCAAUCGAAUAUUGAUAUAUUUUUUAUAGAUUGGGAAAAACCACAAACAAGUGAUAUAACUGAUGUUUCAGUUUGGCGAUCAUAUUUUGUAGCAAAUGAAUGGAAUGAACUUCAAACAUUUCGACGUGUUACAGUGACAUUUCAAAUAAUAUCUGUUUUAUUUUUUUUGAAAGUAAUUAACUUAGAAAAUAUAGCUACAGCUCAACCAGGAAUAAAUCUUUUCCCGUCUUCCUCUGAUUAUAAUGCAAGUUAUAAUGGUAUUUUACGUGUUGGUAUUGCUUUUUCAAUGUGGCUUGCUACUGCUGUUGUUCAAUAUUUAAUUUAUGUAAUUUUUUAUCAACGUUUUGUUGAAGAUAAAAUAAUUAAUUUUGUGGAUUUAUGUUCAACCUCAAAUAUAAGUGUAUUUAUACUUAUGGAUAAUCAAUAUGGUUAUUAUAUUCAUGGUCGAUCACCACAUGGAAUAACAGAUGUUAAUAUAAAAGAUAUGACGAUGAAUUUGGAACGUGAAUCACAAGGAACGGCUGGUAGAAGAGGUUUAGAACCGAAUUCUGAUGAUCAAAUAUUUAUUAUUAAAGUUGAUCGAGCAUUUCGAUUUCAAUAUGAAAUUUUACUUCAAAAUUAUCAAAAUCGAAUUCUUACACGUUUAAAUAAAAAAAUUGAAGAACGUGAAGCCAAUAUUUUAUUAGCAUCAUAUCGUGGUUUAAAUGAAUUUUUAUGUGCCUUUAUUAAUCGUUCAUUACCAACAUAUACUUAUGUUAUACGGCCUCGUUGGCUACUAGAAAAAAUUCUUAAUUGUGAAUUUCGUAAUACUCGUACAUCUGCAUCAUUAGAUCAAACAGAAAGUAUAUUCUAUAUUGAUCCUGAUAGAAAUUUUACUAAAGCAAUUUUUGCUGGUUAUGAAAAUUCAUUAUUUAUUUGGAAUAUGGCAACAUUUCUUUUUAUUGAUUAUUUCGCAUUCAAUUAUGUUUUAGCUGCUAUUAUUACUUAUUUACUUAAUUUGAUUGCUACUCAAAUACGUCAAUCAUUAGGUCAUCAAAAUUUAGCGAAUAAAACAUUAAUUCCAAAGAAUUUUCUUAUUUAA